AUGGAGCGGGGCGGGGGCGGUGGAGGGAGCCGAAGGGAGAUUAUGGAAGCGGGGGUAGGAGGAGCUCGCGCCUGCGCCGACAGGCCCCGGUGGCGCAUUUUCCCCCCCAUCAGGCGAAGGUGGCGGUUGAGGCGGAAGGGGGUGGGGCUCUGUGCCCACCGCCACACUGGGCUGAGACGGGCGGAGAGAAGGGGCUCGCUCCGGGCUGGCGGAGAAGCGGCGGAGACCUCGGAAGGUGAGAGGCGGCGCUGCUUAACGGGCGGGGGGGCUUGCCUCCGCCUCCUCCCCCUGCUAUAAAGCGGAGGCCGCCGGGGAGGACGAGCAGCUGCGCCUUGGCGGUGGCGGGAGAAGCAGGAGCUGCCCGUCCUCCUGCCUCGGCGUCUCUCUCCCUGGAAUGUACCUGUGGGAGGGUGGCAUUUAUUUAUUUGCAGUUGCUAUUGAUUUUCAUUCUCUUUUGAAUAUUUUUAAGUAACUAUUUUAAACUUUAUAUUGAUAAUGAUCGAUGUUUUAUUUUUAUUUUUCUAAACCGAUUAGUGACUUUGUUACAAUCAAGCGCGCUCGCUCGCUCUCCCUAUACAGUACAGUGGUACCUCGGGUUACAUACGCUUCAGGUUACAGACUCUGCUAACCCAGAAAUAAUACCUCUGGUUAAGAACUUUGCUUCAGGAUGAGAACAGAAAUCGCAGGGUGGUGGCAUGGUGGCAGCAAGAGGCCCCAUUAGCUGAAGUGGUGCUUCAGGUUAAGAACAGUUUCAGGCCAAGAACGGACCUCUGGAAUGAAUUAAGUACUUAACCUGAGGUACCACUCUGUGUGUGUGUGUGUGUGUGUGUGUGUGUGUAGGGUUUUUUUUUUAAAAAAUGUUGAUUUAAAGCAGAGGUUUCCAACCUUUUCCAGUCUACGGUGCCUUUGACCAACUACAUUCUUUCUGCAGUACCCCUGUGGGACUCAGGAGACGAGUUAUGUCACCCCUUGCCUGCAGAGCUGGCAGCCUCUCACCCUUUUAUCGAACACCCUCCCGUGUGGCCUGUUCCCUCAAUCUCCUCUCCUUGAGAGCUGCAGCUGCCACCCUUGCUCCAAAGAGAGGUGCCUCCUCACAUUGCCCCAUAAGGGCCUGGGAAGAGGAUGCCCACAGCCUUAGUGGCCCAACGGAGGCUGGCCAAAGGUGAAAGUGAAGCUGGCACCUUACCUUAGGAGGCAGCAGUGUCAGCAAGGAGUGCUGCCGGGCAUGCAUGGUGGAAAGGCUCCCCUUCAGCCCCAGGCAGGCCUUGCACACAGCAAGCCCAAGGAAGGUCAGUGCAGCAUCUGCCUGCCUGCCUGGCCUCCCACUUGCCUGUCCAUUCCCAACAAUCAAGGGCUGGUGAGAUCCCUCACCCACUUGCUUGCUUACUCUGAGCAUGCCUCAGUUCUGGCAACCAGCACCUCCUGGCCCAGCCCUAUUGGGACCAUUUGCCUGGGGAGCCUGUAGCCAGUGCUGCUGCAAUAAACAACUGUGCAAGCCUUUGGGAGGCAGAGGUGCAAGAGGGCAUUGGAUAAAAGAGGAACAGAUGCCAGUGUUGCCUGUAGUACCCCAGACCAUCCUUCAAGGAACCCCAGGGUGCUGUGGCACACUGGUUGAAAACCACUGAUUUAAAGUGUUGUAAAGGACCCCUGACCAUUAGGUCCAGUCGUGGCCGACUCUGGGGUUGCGGCGCUCAUCUCACUUUAUUGGCCAAGGGAGCCGGCGUACAGCUUCUGGGUCAUGUGGCCAACAUGACUAAGCCACUUCUGGUGAACCAGAGCGGCACAUGGAAACGCCGUUUACCUUCCCACCGGAGCAGUACCUAUUUAUCUACUUGCACUUUGACGUGCUUUCAAACUGCUAGGUGGGCAGGAGCAGGGACUGAGCAACGGGAGCUCACCCUGUCGCGGGGAUUCGAACCGCUGACCUUCUGAUCGGCAAGUCCUAGGCUCUGUGGUUUAACCCACAGCACCACCCGCAUCCCUUUAAAGUGUUGUAAGACAUCCUAAACUCUUGGCACUGCAACAACAACAAGAAGUGUGUUUUUAUUGAGCUUCAUCAAUGCUUGUAGUGUGGCAUGGGUGUAGCCUGGGGGGUGGGGGGCAGCUGCCUCUUCCCUAAAUCAAGGAAAUCAAUAAAAAUAUUUAACUAACUGUGGUUCUGCCCCACUAACAUAAAUCCUGGCUAUGCCAAUGUAGUGUGGUAUUGAAAUGUGGCUAGUUUGCAGGAGUUGAUAUGUACAAAAGUCUACUGAUGGAUUUUGCACUCUUCAACAUUUUUGUGAAGCUCUAUGUAGUGGGGGUGCUCUCUAACCCUAUGUCUUAUUUGCCCUUAUGGUAGUGUGGGCACAUAUGGGGGAUUGACACCUGUAGAGCUAUCAUAAUAUAGAGUGCUCUUGAGAGUUCCUUUAGUAGUUCAUCAUUUGGUGGAGGAAAGACUGAGAAAAUACAGUAUAAAGCCUUCUUGGAACUAGUUCCUUUGAGUUUUGUCUACACUGCCUCUUUACCAGCCUCUUUAUAUUUCUUUAACAUACCUUGGUUGUGGCAUUUAACACUCGUUAAAGAAACUAUAUUGCUGUCAUCCCCUCCCCAAACUUGCUUAACUAUUUUAGACUGAAGAGUGUGUUAUCAAGGAGCUGAGCUCAACUGGAACUCUGUACAUGCCCUAAGGCACUGCAUGUGAUUUGGGCUUGCUCUGAGCAAUGACAGCAUUAUUGUCACCAGGGAAGGGUGGAUACAUCUUUGCUGAGCUGUAGCCCUAUGGCAUGACACUUCACUAGCAUAACUUGGAUUGCCCCAGAAAACACUCUGCCAGUGUCUUUACGAAUAUUGUGUGAAACAAUCCUUUCAGAUCCAGAGAGAUAAGAUGCCCCCUCACAACACCUAUAACUGGAAAUGGAGGUGUUGACUUCAUGGAUGAAAAGAAUUGGGUUAUGCAAGUUUUUCAGACUCAUGUUGCUACAGAAUGUUGCCCUAGUACUUCAUGUAGAUGCUUCUAAGUGUCAAAACUGUUAAUGUUUGACAGUUGCCUUAUAAGUGUAACAGAACUUGAAGCCAAAAGCUUGUAUAAUAACUGUUGUUAAAUAUGCUGUGUGUAGUUAUUGCCCUCAUAUUUUUUCCUAGACUGCAGCUAUACUAAUACUUUGGUAUUAGUUUGAAUUAUUGCAGCUGCUUUUAUUUUUAUUAAUAAUAAUAAAUCAAUGGAACCAUGUCUAGUGAUAGCCAGGGUGUCUACUAAUCUUGGGUGAUAGCCAGCUACGUCCUCUUCUUCAUGUCCCUCCUCCACAAGAGGUCCGGAGGGUGGCAACACGAGAACGAGGCUUUUCUGCAGUGGCUCCCCAUCUGUGGAAUGCUCUCCCUAGGGAGGUUCGUGUGGUGCCUUCAUUAUACACUUUUAGGCACCAGGCAAAAAUGUUCCUUUUUAACCAAGCCUUUGGUUGAUUGACAUCCUAUGCCCUUUUAACGUGUCUGGGGUGUUAUUGGGUGGCUCUUCUUCUUAUUUUGAUUAUGUAUUUUGUGGUUUCAUACUCUGAUUUUAUCCUAUGAACUGCCCUGAGACCUGCAGGUAUAGGGCAGUAUACAAAUUUAAUGAAUUAAUAAUAAUAAAUAAAUAAUGCUCUUAAUAGUUGGAUAUCAACAUAGCAUGAGUUCCUGAUCUAUUGGGGCAACUGCUGGAGGCCACAUUGUGCAGUAGAACCCACAACCCCGUUGGGCCUUUGGUCAGCAUUGACCUCACCACCAGACAUACAUAGCUCACCUGUUACUGCCACUAGUCACUUCCUCACCCUUCCAACUAGAGUUACUCAGCAGGCAACAGUGGUGCUUUGGAUGCCAGCUGAAAUAUCGCUCAGUUCUAGUAUGCACUAGCAGCUGACAUCUUCGAUUCUUCAGAUGUAGGGGCUGUCCAAAGUACUGCUGCUCCCUGCCAGGUAAACAUGUCCUACUGGUGGGUGUGGGGGUGUGUGUGUGUGUGAGAGAGAGAGAGAGAGAGAGAGACUGACUGACUGAUUGCAGCACUAGGCUAAGGCUGGUGAUGGCAAGGGCGGCAGCAGUGCUGGGUGGAGCCCAGGAUGGUGCAGGGGGUUUGUCUGCAGCACCUUGAUGAUAGGACAUUAAAGUCUUCUUCUAGGCAUGCUUCUUAGGAAAGGUGGGAUAGAAGACUUGCAAACAAAGAGGGUAUCUAGAUUAUGUUUUCCUGGCUCACACAUAGUUGUGGUCAUAUUCCACAGAUCUUUAAAGAAGUAUCUUGAACUCCAGUUUUUCAUGAUGACCAGCAGCAUUCCUUCUGAUCCAGUUGGUCGAAGAAUCAUCCGUAAUGGUGAAUAUGGAACUGUGCUCUAUGCUGGCAAAGUUCCUCCUACAACAGGUAGGAAAAUGUUUUUUUAUUUCAUCAUAUACUAUCACUGGAUGGCAAGGCAAACAAAGCGAUAAAACAUUAAUUCCUUUUGGUAUGUUGCUUCGGAAGGUUAGCAUACUAUGUUUUGGAUAGUAUCAAUCUUAUAUAGGGGUUCAAUGGAGCCCUUUAAAGUAGUCCUAGCUGGAAAUAAAGUUGAUUGAAUUCAAAAUGAUACACAAACAUUUAUUUUAGUGGUGCUGGCACAGCAAAAAUGAGUGUCAAACUACCCCUUUCACAUUGACUGGCAGGAGUUGGCUGGGCCUUGGAUAUGGCUGUGGCUGUCACUGACUGUGAUUAUGAUUGCUCUCCGUAGUAGACAGUUGCUUCCAGUGCUUUAGGAAGAAUGCACUGUGAAGGAAAACUUAAAUUAAAUGUUCAGGCCUGAUUUGUCAUUAGCAAAUUGAGCUUAAUUUCUGCUUUUCCAACCAUUCUGCAGCAUGAUUUCUAAUUUUAGCAAAAACAUAUUGGAAAAUGCUAGAUACAGGUAGGUAUCCGUGUUGGUCUGACAUAGUCGAAAUAAAUAAAAAAAUUAAAAGAUUGUCCAGUAGCACCUUAGAGACCAACUAAGUUUGUUCUGGGUAUAAGCUUUUGUAUGCAUGCAUGCAUCUGAAGAAGUGUGCAUGAACACAAAAGCUUAUACCUAUAACAAAUCUAGUUGGUCUCUAAGGUGCUACUGGAAAUUUUUUUUAAAAAUUAUUUAUUUGGAAAAUGCACUCAUGUUACUCAUGUUAUUAUACAAAUAAUAUCCAAGAAUGGCAAGUACUGAUAAAAUGGAAGACUAUCAAGCUGAAAUUGUUGUUAACUGAUGUUUUACACAAUGUUCAUUAAUCAGUUCUGAUGUCCAGGGUAAAUUAGUAUUGGGAUUAGAAGUAGUAUUCAUACUAAACUGGUGUCAGCUUUGGGGCAAAAAGCAAAAAACUAAUCAGAUGGCUUUUUGUUCAUUCCUGAACCUUCAAGGGUUUUGGCCUAUUAAGCCCACAGCAGAGAGUGUGGUGUUGAUUAAUUUUGCUCACUCAUGUCACAUUAAACACUGGGAGGGGUGGCUAACACCCCAGAGGACAGGAUCACACUUCAAAACGACCUUGACAGAUUAGAGAACUGGGCCAAAACAAACAAGAUGAAUUUUAACAGGGAGAAAUGUAAAGUAUUGCACUUGGGCAAAAAAAUGAGAGGCACAAAUACAAGAUGGGGGACACCUGGCUUGAGAGCAGUACAUGUGAAAAGGAUCUAGGAGUCUUGGUUGACCACAAACUUGACAUGAGCCAACAGUGUGACGCGGCAGCUAAAAAGCCAAUGCAAUUCUGGGCUGCAUCAAUAGUAUAGCAUCUAGAUCAAGGGAAGUAAUAGUGCCACUGUAUUCUGCUCUGGUCAGACCUCACCUGGAGUACUGUGUCCAGUUCUGGGCACCACAGUUCAAGAAGGACAUUGACAAACUGGAACGUGUCCAGAGGAGGGCAACCAAAAUGGUCAAAGGCCUGGAAACGAUGCCUUAUGAGGAACGGCUAAGAGAGCUGGGCAUGUUUAGCCUGGAGAAGAGGAGGUUAAGGGGUGAUAUGAUAGCCAUGUUCAAAUAUAUAAAAGGAUGUCACAUAGAGGAGGGAGAAAGGUUGUUUUCUGCUGCUCCAGAGAAGUGGACACGGAGCAAUGGAUCCAAACUACAAGAAAGAAGAUUCCACCUAAGCAUUAGGAAGAACUUCCUGACAGUAAGAGCUGUUCAACAGUGGAAUUUGCUCCCAAGGAGUGUGGUGGAGUCUCCUUCUUUGGAGGUCUUUAAGCAGAGGCUUGACAACCAUAUGUCAGGAGUGCUCUGAUGGUGUUUCCUGCUUGGCAGGGGGUUGGACUCGAUGGCCCUUGUGGUCUCUUCCAACUCCUAUGAUUCUAUGAUUCUAAACCAUGCUUUAGCAUGUCAUGCGGACUCUGCCAGUAUUUGCGAAUAAUAUUAUGGGCAGAUUUCUUUUCAUGUUGAGUUUUGCAUUUGUAAAAGCAAAGUUUAUAAUUACUUUAGGAUUUUGGCUUGGAGUAGAAUGGGACAACCCUGAAAAAGGAAAACAUAAUGGUAGUCAUGAAGGAAUACAAUAUUUCAGAUGCAGGUGAGUUAAUAUUGACAUAUGCAGUACUUUUUUUUUAGCAAACAGAUGAACCAGAGGAUAUGGGGACAAGAUUGUGUGUAUUUAUUUCAUAAAAUAAAUUGUAAAAAAACAAACAAACCUCAAAGCAGCUGUCAAAAAGAUAAAACAAUAAAGUGAAGAAAAGUUUACAAUAGCACACUAGAAUAUACAAAGUUAAGAUACUGGGACAGAUUAAAAUUACCUCAGCUCUCUGAGCAUCUGAGCAAGGCGGUUGAGUGGGCAAAUGUGGGGUAAGGUGCUCUCCUGGGUAAACUGGUCCCAAAUUGGUAAGGGAUUUAUAUCUGAUAGAAACACCUUAAACCUGGUCUGGUAGCAAAUCAGCACAGAUGUUAUAUACUGGCAAGGCCUGUCAGCAAUCAUGCUGCAACCUUAAUGCACUAACUGUAGCUUCCAGAUCAAGCGUGAGGGAAGCCACACAGAGUGCAUUGCAGUAAUCCAGUCCUGAAGUAACCAAGUAAAGAGGAAGAGGAAGAUUUUUAGCAAAAAAAAAGACAUUUAAUAUAAUGUCAUGUUGCAUACAAGAAUUCUGAAUAUCUGCAUAGUAUUUUUGUGGCAAAUGUUACUAAACUGUUUGAGAAAUGAAUUAAAGAAGAGUUUCCAUCAGCAGUCUUUGUCUUUUUCCUAAAAGCUCUCUUGUUUUAGGCUGUCUGCAAUACUUAUUAUUAGGUUUGGAGGGGCGAAGACUAAGCAAUUGGCCUAUGAAUCAGUUAGAGUCAAGUGUCUCAGUGCCCCUGAACAAGUGUACAUUUAUUAAUUUAGCACAGCUCUGUAGAUACAAUAAUAUUGACACCUUGCAGAGCUACUGUAAGGAUUGCUGAGAGUGUAUGUGAAGCUCUGCAGUGCUGGUAAGUGUGUUUAUUGCAUUAUUAUCAUACCCGCCUCCAAGAGGUUUAAAGCCCUAUGCGGCCUAGGACCCUUGUACCUAUGGGACCGCCUCUCCUGGUGUGUCCCGUGGAGGACUUUAAGGUCCACAAAUAACAACACUUUGGAGGUCCCGAGCCUCAAGGAGGUUAGAUUGGUCUCAACUAGGCCUAGGGCCUUUUCAGCACUGGCCCCGACUUGGUGGAACACUGUCACAAGAAACUAGGGCCCUGCAGGACUUGACAUCUUUCCGCAGGGCCUGCAAGACAGAGCUGUUCCGCCUGGCCUUUGGUUUGGACUCAUUCUGACCCUUAUGUUUCCCUCCCCUUAUGGUUUUGAUUUAUGGGCUACUAUUAAAAUGAAGCUGCUUUUUAAAUUGUAUUAUAAUAAACUGGUGUUUUAUUUGUCCAUCCCCCCCCAUUAUGUUUUAUUGUAAUUUUAUUGAUGUUAGCCGCACUGAGCCUGGCUCUGGCCGGGGAGGGUGGGGUAUAAAUAAAAAAUUAUUAUUAUUAUAUUAAGAGGCUUACAGUUCUGAAACAAAGGUAUUACUAAAAUGUCAACAGCAGAAGCUUAUUUUUUUGACAGAAAAGUGGUUUAUAAUUCUGUAAUUUUCUAUAUUUUCCUUCCAGGCACCCCACAGGUGGAUCCUUUAUCCGUCCAAGCAAGGCAAAUUUUGGAGUAGAUUUCCUUUCUGCUGUCAAGAAGCAGUAUGGAUUGAAUGAAGAUGAAAAAGAUGCCGAGGGUGGGACAGAAUCAUCAUUAGCGUUUGGAAGCAAGAUUGUAGAAACUGUUGGGUUUGAUUCCAUUAAAGAAAAACAAAUGCAAGUAUGCUUUCUCUGGCAAAUGAAGAGAGUAUAAGAAUGUCAUUUAAUGUGUUUCUGGCAGUUAAGGAGGGUACAGAGCAGGGUGGGCUGGGGUGGGGGCAGCAUGACCUAGGGAGAGACUGUGUUUGGUCCAUAGUCUGAAGGUUCCUCACUCCUGCUUUUCACUAAAGUGCUCUAUGCUGAGACACUCUUUUCUUGCAGGCAAUUGAAUACAUUAACUGACAUCUCAGUAGACGAAUGUGCAGUAAGCCUUGCUGGUCCAGAAGAAGAAAUCAGAAGAGCAUGCCCCAGUAUCCUUUUUUAAAAAAAGAAAACUGCUGAAUUAGUUGCUAUCAAUUCCCGCAAGUAAUUUUUAAAAAAAAUUGUGAAAGGUUUAUCUGUUGCACAGUAUUGACUGCAAGCUGUGCAGAGGUUUAGAGAAACAGGAAAUUGUCUUACGGCAAGUCAGUCUGUUCAUCCAUGUAGGCCAGAAUUUCAGACUUGGAGAUAAAUGUGCAAAAGUUACUAGUCUGGAUAGGAGGGGAAAGAUUAUUAGCCUCCAUAUGGACAGAACCCAAUUGCAAAAGGUGUUACUCAGAAUAAAGUCUCCCUUUAUUCACCUGGAAAAAGAGUCAUGGUUAGCGGUAGGUCGAAAACAGGUUCAGAAGGCAGCACUUCUUAACUUUACAGCAGAGGAAGAGGUAGCAUACUUAAAAUCAACUAGAUAAAACAUUCUUAUUUUUGCAGCUAGGAUCACUUAAAGUAAGAAGCAUAUCAAAAUGUCAAAGAAUUGGGUGUUCUACUUAGGAAUGAUAGAAGGAAUGCAGAUGAGUGAGAGCUAGGGUGAGAGCUAUACCUUUAAGCAGUACCUCUUUUCAAGGUGUUUUACUAAUGACCUGUUCUAGAAACAUUGACUGUAAAAGUAACAAGAUGCAAGGUCCUACUACUUGAACCUCACAAUUCAGUUACAUUUUUCUUUAAUGUUCAUGCCCAGAUGUCAAGCAAAUAAGUCUAUCGAAAAAUCUUUUGUCUUCUUGGAAGGAAGUGAUAGGCAUUGCAAGCCAAGUUGAAAAUCUAGAAAUACUUAAUCUCAGGUACUUAUGCGGUACUUCAUAUUUCAUAGUAUGUAAGUGGUUAUCAGAGUAGUUCCAUUGAAAUUAAUUGACUAAGUAGGACCAACUUGAGUCCUCUAAUUUCAGUGGGUCUCCUCUGACUGAUUAAGAUAGAUAUCACUGAAUGUAUUUACCGUAUUUUUUGCUCCAUAAGACUCACUUUUUCCCUCCUAAAAAGUAAGGGGAAAUGUGUGUGCGUCUUAUGGAGCGAAUGCAGGCUGCGCAGCUAUCCCAGAAGCCAGAACAGCAAGAGGGAUUGCUGCUUUCACUGCGCAGCGAUCCCUCUUGCUGUUCUGGCUUCUGAGAUCCAGAAUAUUUUUUUUUCUUGUUUUUCUCCUCCAAAAACUAGGUGCGUCUUGUGGUCUGGUGCGUCUUAUAGAGCGAAAAAUACGGUAUAUUUGCCUUGCUUUAUUUUAUGUGGUAUAUUCUAAUUUUGUUAAAACCCAUGAAAAUAACCAUUUAAAAGUCCUACCCUUGAAUGAUGAUUGGAUUAAAAUGGGCACGAGGAUCCCCUUAUAGGAUCAGCUGAACUGUCAGUGCUUUGCAAAUAAUUUGUUGCUGACGUACAAUUAUGUGUUUUUAAAUUAUUAAUUAUUUGAUUUUCAAAUUAGAAAAUAAUGUUGAGGUUAGUGUGUUUCGAAUCUAGAUGUUGGCAAAGGAAAGUUUAUUCAUUAACAUAUUAGCAACAAAGAAACUGAAAUCCUUUAAAGGCUUUGUAAUGUUGAUAUAUAACAGGCAUGUCCAACUUGAAGUAGGCUGUGAUAUACGAUCCAGUAUAAAAACUGGCAGUGAUAUACCACCCAGGGAUGGGUGCAGGGUGGGUGGGCGCGCACCGCCGACUGCUUCCCCUGAGAGGGCAGGGAUGUGGGCAGGUGGGCGCUGGCUUUGUCCCCCGAGAUGGGUCCAGGGUUGACAGCAGCGGUAGGUGCAGGGAGGAAUGCGCACGCCGCCAGCUGCCCCCACCGCCAGCUGUAUCUCCCGCCAUGGCUGGGGUGGGUGCAAGGUGUUGGAAACACACCCGGGAAGGCUGCCAACUUCCCAAGUCUUUGGGGCGUCUCUCCGGUGGUCCUCUUUGGCCGUAAAUCUCCCGCAGUCCAGAGAGACCGCUAAUAAGCGACCCCUCUCUCUUGAAAAGAGCACACUAGUCUUCUGGCUUUUAUCAUAGCAGAAGAAAGACUCAAUCAGUAGCUCUAAACUACUUCAUUCACAGUCUUAUAAUACAGAGAUUCCAUCAGCAUGUUCUGAACACCAGUACAGAACUGCAUCACAUACAGAAGUGAAACUAACUUCCAACAGUACUCAGACUUCCUGUCUCACGCUCACUCAGACACUCACAUGAUGUAUACAAAACAUAGUACAAUAAUACCACUCGCUGGAGCAGCUCGGAUAGAUAAAAAUCCUAACACAAGAUGGGUGGGCAGGCACUGAUGGAAGGUGUGGGUGUGCACACAGCGUCAAAACAGCCUGCUUCCCCUGAGGUGGUGGCUGCUCAGGCACGUCUCCAGCAGAGGGGGCAUGGCGAUCAGCCAGAAUUCAUCCCAGGAUCGACUAGUCGAUCGCAAUUGACACCUUGGACAUGUCCGAUAUAUAAGAAGUAAGAAUCUUAAAAGUGUUUCAUACUUAUCCAUUCCAAGCUGACAGUAAUGUGGAGCAGCAUAAAGAAUUUAAUGUGAAUUGGGCAAGGAACAGUGACGCUCUGUUGCUUUCUGGAAAAUCUAAGAAUCCGGGAGCUGAGAUUCCAAACUGGGGGUAUCUACACAACAUGAGAAAUCCAGGAUCAGAUCUCCCAGAGUUUCUAUGUUUAGUUAAGCAUCAGCAAGAGGCUCUUAUUUGUAGCAGCAGGCGAUGUUUUUCCAACACUUUCCCUGUGCUGUUUUCCUGAUCUUAAACCUACACAUGUCCCAGCUGCCAUAUGCUCUUCUGGGGAAAACAUGGGGAAAUGGCAGAAGGGAAAGGAUUAAUCCCUUCACAUGCAUGCACCACUGUUCCCAUCAAAUCUGAGACCCCUUCAACUGCUUUACACUAAAAAUAGAAAUAUUGGGAGAGUUGAUCAUGAAUCAGAUUACUGGCCCUUGGUUGAAUGAUUUGCCAGUUGGUUGGCACUUUGCUGUGGCUUACUUCACUGACAACUUAUUAACAUUUGCACAUACAUAAAAAAUAGUUUGGCUUAAUCUAUCUCUGAAAUACAACAUUUGCACAAUUUGUUUAAAAUAUACAGUGGUACCUCGGGUUAAGAACUUAAUUCAUUCUGGAGGUCCGUUCUUAACCUGAAUCUGUUCUUAACCUAAGGUCCCACUUUAACUAAUGGGGCCUCCCGCUGCCGCUGUGCCGCCGCUGUGCGAUUUCUGUUCUCAUCCUGAAGCAAAGUUCUUAACCCAAGGUACUAUUUCUGGGUUAGCGGAGUCUGUAACCUGAAGCGUUUGUAACCUGAAGCGUAUGUAACCCAAGGUACCACUGUAAUCUGACUACUUCCAGUUGAUACUUAAAAUAUGAGCAACUCUCAGUUACAUGAGGGUUACUUUACAGGGUUUUGCAUUAAAUCAAAGUUGUGUAUAGUCAAAAUGCAUUCGGUACAAUGACAGGUGGGAUUGCUGAAGUUUUUUUCCUGGAUGCCUGCCCCAUUUUUUAUUUUUAUUGCUAAGCGUGUAAAGAUGAAUGUGCACAAGUUAAAUGUGCAUAAAUUGUGAGUUACCUGUAUUAUCUUAAACAUGAUAGUAAUUUACAGGAAUCUAACAGAAGGGUUAUAAACUUACUUUGCCUUAAGCACACGAUUUAAAAUGUGUAUUAACCAACAAAGAUAAUUGAUUUGAACUUGUUCCAUUCACUAAAAGCAAGACACUUUUUUCUAUUUUUACAUAGUCAGAACAAAAUGAAAUUUCCAUCUACUCCACCACCUGCUUCAACAACAUUUUGUAAUCUCAAGACUUUAGCACUUAAUCAAACAGGAGUCACAUGGACAGAGGUAAUGUAAUUUAAUAUUGCAUUGGAAUUGCUUGGUAUGACCGUAAUCAUAUGGCUUUGUUUUUGUCACAAAAUAUUUAAAGAUUGUUAUGGGUCUUCACUUACAAAAUCAUUUGUAGUUUAUAGGCAACAUGAGUUCAUCAAUACUUAUGUUCAUAGCAAGAGCACAAAUAAGGAAGGAGAUCUUCAGUUGCCUUCAAUUCGCAAAUACAAAACUAAUCCUCCUGUGAGAUCCUGAAAAAUUAUCCCUAUCAAAACUCCAGGGGAAGUGCUCAUCUUUAUGUUAAUAGAAAAUUUGAUUGUACCCAGGCAGUAUCUGGCUGAAAUAUACACUAAGAAAGCCAUACAAACAAGAUACCUGAUAAAAGUUAUUAAGGAUGACACAAUUUAAGACCUUCACUUUUUUCAAUACAGCAAUAUUGCUGCACAUAAAUAACUGGUGUCAACAGUACUGCACCAUGUGAAGUACAAAAUCCUAAUAAAAUGGAUUUUAUUAACUUUCACCUAGACAAAUCAUGUGUGUUUGCCUUUCUAAUCACAUUUAACUUUGAAGUUCUACUGAAGCCACUGGAACCUAUCAGCAAAGAUAUUUAGGGUUGAGUUGUAUGCUGUGAAUAUUAAAGCUGAAAAUACUUCAUUGUGAUGAAACACUUCCAGUUACGUUUGAUAAUUGCUUUUAGACACUUUAAACAUAUAUAUUACUAAAAAAUAUAGCAAAACAUAGUAUUGGCAUUUUUUAUGUGAAGCAUAAAAAGGAAGGUUUCUUAAUACCUCUAAAGGAAAAAAGAUAUUGCCUUAUGUUACCUGUUGUGAGACCCCUGAAAGUGGCUUGCAGUAGAAUCUGAACAAGGGCAUUCAUACUAGAGAAGAACUUCCCCAAUCUUUGAAAUAAGAUCUAAGCCAGUUUUGAGUGGUCGUGAAAUAAAUAAAUCUGGUGCUGUUUUGUUCUAAUGUAUGUCUGUUAAGGUAUACCAGUAUACAAUGUAUAUAAGAUAUACAAAAUGGUAUUUUUGUGCUAAGUGAGGUUCUCCCAUUAGGUUCUUUCAUGUGCUACUGGGUGGCCAGCUCUUGAAGAACUACAUCUUACUGCCAAUGACAUUUCACUUUUAAAAAGGUAUGAGAGUAACUGUAAAUGUCAUAAGCAUUCUUGAAUUGUGAUAUUCCUUAUUAGAAUGCUGGUUGAACAUUUAGUAUUAUGCCAUGCUAAUAAUUUUGAAUGAUGGUGCUGAAUCCAGUUUGAUUCCUGAAUGUUCUAGAGGAUUUUCCUGUUGAGAGAACAUAAAUGGUUUCAGCUUGGUACUUCGUACAAUGGGGAAUUUUCAAUUUUGAGCUCCUCAAGUUGUGGACCUUGGGUACCAGGUUUGGGGGGAAAUAUGAGACUGACCAGCCAUGCUAGUUAGAAUGAACAGUACUGAGCUAGGAUGACCCAGUGGUCUGAUUUGGGAAUCUGCUUAUACUCCAUUCCUUGCAUCUUGUAGGUAAAUACCUCUAAAAGCUGGCAAGAGCUGGCAACUUUUGAGUUCUUCAUCAAGCACAAAUUCAUGGAACCAAUCCUGGAUCAAUUGUUCUCUGUGAUCAUUGAGCUUUAUAUAGCAUUCCAGUAUUACAGGGGCUAAAGCAAACAGUUAAUUCCCACGUCGUAUAAUGUGGCAAAGGGACAAGAAAUCAGUUACAUUUCUUAAUGUUUUUAUUAUACUCUUAAAUAUGAUAUCUUCCCUCAGACCUAUUGAUGUCCUACAUAACUUGAAAUGGUUAAACCUUUCAGACAACCUGUUAACAGAUGAAAAUCAGCUUCUUCUACUUGCAGAUCUCCCAAGGUAAAUGUUACACUGUACUAUUGCUAAUUUCACCGUUUGUGUAAAACUUAACCAUGGGUUAAGGCCAGCUGGAUGAAGACAUGCUAGAGCCAAAGAUCUGAGGGGGCAAUUCACAAUCUUGUGUCCCCCUCCUGAUUUUUUGCUCAUGGAAGCUUUAACAUCUGUGGUGCACCAGCCAUAUAGAAUGAUCAAGAGUUACAUUUUUUGCAGAAUGUAUUGGCGAUUCCUCCAAAGAACAGAUGUAGUUCUUCUACUUUGCUCUACCACAUAGCCAUUUCAUUUCUACCACGUUCCCAUUUUGAAGACAAAGUGUCUGUAGUCUAUAAUCGUUUUCUGUCCAUCUCUCCUUUUUUUAAGUAACUUAAUGGGAUGCCAAGUAAGAUGUUGUGCACUGAGCUUAAACCAUGUUUUGUUUAUACCAGACAAAAACUCCAUGAAUAUUGGCUGCAGCUUACGCACUGUGGGCAUCAGCAAACUUCUACUCAUUCAGCUGGAUUUCACCUUCCUGUUGUCUCUUCUAGAUGCCCCUAAAUCUGUUCCAGUCCCCUGACCUGCCUCUGGAGCAUAUUUUGAGGGUGCAUUGGGAUUGGAGGAAGGUGAAAUUCCUGUGGUGCAAGCAGAGGUCUGCUCUAGUGAUGCAACAGACUGCUUUAAAUAUAACUUAUACCAUCCAAAUGUGUUUGAAACUAUGCCUUGAAGCACUACCUGCUGAUGGCUUCCAGGUGUCCUUUUCUCUAGAUCUGGAUUUGCUUUUCUUACCUUCAGUUUUCUCAAGCAAUAUUUUCCUUUCCAUAAUUUUAUUUCCAUUGAGGAAUCUUCUUUCUUUCUUUUUUAGGAUUUGAUUAAUCAGAGCAUAGUGCCUGUUUAAUACGUGCUUAUGUUAUAUAUUAUUAACUUAUAUUUUAACUGCCUUACUCUGACUUUAAAUUUCAGAUUAGAAACACUAAUAUUUUCAAACAAUGGGAUUUCUUCCAUACAUUUUCCUGAUGUAGAAUUUGGUAAGUAAACUGAAGGAAACUGAGCACCGUUAACAUUUUUUGUGUGUAUUCAUUUUUCUUUACUAUUAUCAGUUUAUUCAUUUUUCUUCUUUUUCUUCUUUGAAGGUUGCAAGACCAAAAUGUUCCCUUCUUUAACGCAUCUUAUAAUAAAGGACAACAGAAUAGCAGAAGUAAGUAAAAUAUUGAUGUAAUGCAUUGAAUUGUGUAUAGAAGGGUGGACACUGGUGUCUUAUAACUUAACGCUGCCUUUUAUCUUUUAAACUUUCAAAACAGACUUUCAGUCAAUUGAGAAUACACAGUGAAAAUGUUACAAUGUCAGGCCAGGGCAUUUGGCUGGUAUGAUAUUUGUGGCAUAUACUAUGCAAGGGGUUGAUGUAGGGACUAUGCACUGUGUAUUGUAUCCAUCCCAUAAUCUGCACCCUAGACUGAAAUAAUAAUAGAGUACCUUCAAAAUCAAGAACUUUGCUUUUGUUGAAUAAGUUGCUGGCUGUUUUUUCUUAGCAAUAUGAACUGUACAAUAUAAAAUGUAAAGGAUUUAUCUAAGUCAUAAUUAGAGCAGAGCCAUAGAAACCAAUGGACUGAAAUUAGCUAUGCCUGUUGAUUUCAGUGAGUUUCUCUGGGUAUUAAUUUUGUGUGUGUGUACGCGCACACACACACACACACACACACACACACACUAUUCUUGUUUUCAUUAAGCUUUUGCUAUGGAGCAAGUACCAUAAUAACAGUAGAAGGUAACAAAUUAAGUCACUGCCUCUAUACACAGCCUAUUGAGAUUUUGAGCCCCUGAUUGUUGCAAGCUGAUUUCUGGGUUAGUUUAAGAAAAAUCCAAGCAAUUUCCUCAUUUUAGUUCCCUUUGCCAGAAACAGAAGAAUAGAGUUAAAACUGCUUCAGAAUUAUGACUCUUUAGCUGUAGAAGUUGAAAUAUACUAGUGUGAGACCAAGCAAGAUUUGUUUCCCCAGCUUUAGGGUUUGCUCUUAGUUUCUAAGCAUUAUGUAGAUAAUUAAGUGAAAUCGCAUGACUUACUUCUGUUUAAUGUAAUACAUUGUCAUUCCAAUGGUGGCCAUUAUGAGAGCCUCGUGUAGCAUUUAAUAUGCAGCAGAAGAAAUUUUUGUUUCAAUGUUGGCAUAUUUUUUCCAUUUUCUUGUUUCAGUGGUCCGUUAUCAAUGAACUUGAUAAACUACAAAAGCUUCAAUCUCUAGAUUGCCGGAAUAACCCUUUAAUGGAUAUAGACAAAAACACAGCGACUGUGAAGCAGCUUAUUAUUGCCAAAAUAGGCCAAUUACGUUUUUUGAACAAGUCUGAGGUAUGUUGUUUCUUUUCAAUUAGCAGCGCUGAGGAGCGUGAAAAGUGUUUCUUGUGCCUGAGAACUUUAGACACAAACCAUAACAUGGAAUUAAUUGUUCUUGGUGCGAUCAGUUUUCUCAGAUGACCAAAAAUGUGAUCCCAAAGAAGAGACUUUAAAAAUAAGCUUCAACUUUUGAUUGUGUUGUUGACUUUUUGUGAAUUUGGGUUAUUUAAACUUGGAUGCUGGAAAAGCAUCCCAUUGCUGAAGAUUGUGUAACUUUUGACAGCACACAGAACAGUUUGCACCCGUGUAGUAGAAACAAGGCAAGGGUAGCAUACGCCUACUGCAAUGUUGAAAUUAUAUGCAGUAAACCGGAAUUUACACGUGGGUUGCAUUCUGGGGAUCGCACCUAAAGCCAAAAUUGCAUGAAGUCAAAGCACAGGUUCAGUGGUGGGUGAAAUUGCCAAAGCCCCCCUUUUUUUUUGCCCAGGUGCCUGUCCCCCUACCACUUAAAAAAAAAAAAAUCAUUUGUCAAGCAUAUAAAGCUGAAUGCGGACUAGUUAAAUGUGGGCUUACUGUAAGUACGUUUUAAAUCUUAGUAUCGUUUGAACCAUGCUGGUUCUCUGCAUUUCUGAUUCAUGUAGUUCUGUACCUUUUGGUACUGUACCUUUUACUAAACUGGGUGAAGCAGCAGUAAACCACCCAGGAUAUUCUGUUGCUCAGGGUCAGCAGUUGUUAUACCCAAUGCUGGCUGUUUCCUUUGGCGUUGAUGCUUAGGGCUGGGACUUAAGACCCCUUCUUUCUAUGGUAAUCAAAUGAUGUUUAUAGGUACCUCAAAUGAAAUUCGCUUACCUUUCUUUCUGUGAGAUGGUGGGCUAAUAGUCUCAUUACAGAAACUCUGGCUUCAGGCACUCCCAGGGCUUGAGAAAUUUGCCUUAUUUUCUUUUUGCCACGUUACAGACUGUUUUCAGAAGUCCUUUUAGUGUACAGCAGCAGUUUGUAAUGUAGCAGGGGUGAGGGCUGCUUGAGAAAUCCAAAGCCCAAAAGCCAUCUAUAGUAGAAAAGGAGCUGUAGCUGUGUUAAGUUGUAUCGCUUGGUAAUUUGAAAACCCUGCUGGAGUUGAAGCCAUUCCCAGUUGCUCACAUGAAAAGACCCGGCAGUUUUCAUGGUCCACGUUACAACCAGAAAUGACAUAAACUGUAGCCUUCUGAUCUUAUACACUUUUCUUUAUAUAAAAUGGUAACGGCUGUUCUGCUGAUAUGUCCUUGUUUUGUCACAGAUCACCCCUGAGGAAAGGAAAGGAGCAGAACUUGACUACAGGAAAAAAUAUGGCAUUGAUUGGUUAAAGGCUGGUGGUAAUCAGGAUCCAAACAAAAACAAUCCAAGUGAGGAAUUCCUUGCUGCUCACCCCAGGUUCCAGUUACUCUGUGAUAGUAAGUAUAGUGUCAGUAGAAGGGUUUUUCCUCUAGCGUUUUGACUUGUUUUAAGAUGCCUGCCUGCCUGCCUUGGUAUAAUCCUUUCACAGAUCAGUAAGGAAGUGCAUUUUACUUUCUUGGACAUUCUUGGAGAUGGCAGGGGAAAGCAAUAAUCAUGUCUGGGAAUAUCAUCAUCAAGCAGGGUCAGGUUUCUAGGCAAAAAGUAGAGUGACUAUCCCUUUCACUAUUCCCCUGGGUUAGUUGAAUCCGGCCCAACACUUCCACCACUUUGCAGCAUCUUUGGGCUCAGUAGUAUCUAGCCCACAUCUUUCAAGGAUGGAGAGGGGGAAGCCUGUCUGCCACCAACCUGAAACCUGACUUGUUUCCUGCCAUGGGAGAGGGAGGAGAAAGCAUAUUGGCACGGAACACAUCUUUGCAGCUUCAAAGAAAUGUGGCCCUCCGGUCAUCUUUGUUUGGCUCUCAAGACUCUACAGACCAUGCCCAUCCACAGGCCGUAUCCUUCACCAGCCCUGCUCUCUGCCCUCUUCGGUUGCUUUUGCUUGGCUGGUAUGUGUCCUUGAACUGCAGUAAUACCUUUUUGUUGCCUGGGGGAGAUUUUGGAGGUGAAGCCAAGUAGAGACCGCUGGCUUUUGCUGUAGCUGGAAUGCAGCCUGCUGAAAAAAGUAAAGUUAUAUCCAUUCUUGCACCCACUUUUGCCUCUGGCUCAACGCAGCACUGGCACGCAGCUCUCAGAAAGUUGUCCAGGAAGCAAUGUAGUCCAGGUUCAAGGUUUCCUGCUCCAACCCCUUGGAACUACAGUACAGAGAAUAAAACUCAAUAGUCUUUAUUUUUGGUGGGGCAAAACCCAGUUGCCAGCAUUAUCUGGAAUGCCAAGUGACUGCAUCUUCCUCUCAGUAUCCUUGCAGUGUAACCUGUCUGUAGCCAAGAGGAGAUGCUCUCCCAGCAACUGCCUCUCUCUUGCACCCUGGCAGAAUUCAUAACAUAGAAUAACAAAGCAUUGGCUUUUCUGAUCCUCAUGUGAUAUGUGUUUGCAAGGUCAGUCAGUGGAGGACACACCUGCUCUGCACAUGAGCUUUUUGAUUUGAGCAAAGGUUUAAUCAGGGCUUAUAAGUAUGUUCUUUCUGGUAAUGAGGGAUUCCUGGGUGCAUGGAAGCUUCUAAUUCAUUUCAGAUGAAUGUGCUUAUGAGCUCUUUCAGACCUUUCUACAUCAGAUCUUUUUCUUCAUUGUUCCCCUUGUGUAGCCAUUAAUGCCCCAGUCAGAAAUGUCUGAACCUUUGAGAAGUUGCAGUCCCUCUUUUACCUGCCAGCAUUAGCGAACCUACCCACAAGACUAAUAAUUUGUUUUAAGCAUUAAGUGAAUUGCUAUUCUUGUCAUUUUUCCGUAACAGAAUAUGGUGCCCCUGAAGAUGGAGAGCUGAAAAGAGAACAGCCCUUCUCACUAAAAAGUCAGCUGUUGGGUAAGAUAUAAGGCCAAACUAAAAAAAAGUAUUUAAAGAAGUUUGUAAUGCUACAGUACAGUAUUUGCAGAGCAGGUGACUUUUUUAAAGGAUGUCUCAGUUAUGAUGUUGUACACAUCCCAAACAGACUAUUUAACUGAUGACUCCUCCCCUCCUUGCCGUAUAACUUCUGCAGCCUUAAACCAACAAGGAUGUGGGUUGUUGAGAUCAUGAUAAUAAAAAAAUUUAUUUAUAUCACGCCCUCCCUGCCGAAGCCGGGCUCAGAGUGGUUAACAUCAAAUGUAUAACACAUUAACAUAAAAUCAGACAAUCAAUUAAAAUACAUCCUCAAAUCAGGUCAGGAUCAGAAUAAAAUCCAAUGAGAUGGCAACCCGCAGAUUAGGGUUGGGGACCUUAAAUGCUCACCAGGCCCAACUGUUUGUGCUGAACUUAUAUGGGCCUGUGAGAAAAAUUGGGAGGACACUUUCAUACAAGUUCUUAUGAAAGGGGAGAGGGAGUCAGACUGAACCCCGACCGAAGGCCUGGCAGAACAGCUCCGUCUUGCAGGCCCUGAGAUGUCAAGUCCCGCAGGGCCCUAGUCUCUUGUGACAGAGCGUUCCACCAGAUUGGAGCCACAGCCGAAAAAGCCCUGGCUCUAGUUGAGGCCAGCCUAACCUCUCUGUGGCCUGGGACCUUCAGGAUGUUUUUGUUUGAAGACCGUAAGUUCCUCUGUGGGACAUACCAGGAGAGGCGGUCCCGUAGGUACAAGGGUCCUAGGCCGUAUAGGGCUUUAAAGAUUCCUAUUACUACACAUCAGGGGUAUGGGACCUGUCUCUCUCCAGAGGAUGUUGGCCUCUGAACUCCCAUCAGCUCCAGCCGGCAUGGUUGGAGACUGAGGAUGAUGUGUGUUGUCCAGCAACACUGGGAAGAUUGCAUGUUCUGCACCCCUGCUAUAUGUGACAAGCAGCAUGUGAUAUUACAACUAUUACUGUUCCCUGUUCAGGGAAGCUUUUAAUCUGUGAUAUUUUACUGUAUUUUUUGUUUCUAUGGAAGCCGCCCAGAGUGGCUGGGGAAACCCAGCCAGAUGGGCGGGGUACAAAUAAUAAAUUAUUAUUAUUAUUAUUAUUAUUAUUAUUAUUACUACUUGAAUCUAAGUUUAAUUUUUCUCAGCACGCUCAGGAUUCCUGGUGAGGCCAGAGUUUUUUAAAAAAUGCUUUCAGAGGGAUGUGCUUAUUUUAGAGGGGAAGGAAUACUCUUAGUGUAUUUGGUAACAAGUAGGCAUGGUGACAUCCACUUUCCCCUGACCCAAAGACAUUUUAAACUCUGUUUAUACCGUUGUGGUGUGAUCCAGUUAUAUCAAGCAAAGUUUCUCAGUUUCUUGGCACCCUGAAAUUGUUUCUUAGGAUAUACUCAUGUCCAGGUAUUGUAACUUAUCAGUAUUAAUCUAUUGCCUUUGAACUUGCCAUACACUUUUCAGUGUCAAGAAUUCUUACACCCAACAGUGCAUUAGGGGUUAAUUGGAAAUAUGCAUAAGGUUUCUCCCCUUGCCUAUAACUAAUAUACAUUGUAUAAAAUGUUAGUAUUACAUCAGCUUCUCACUGUUCUUUAUUUUCUAAGCUUUGACCUUUAAGUGUCCUGACAGACCUGAUCAGAAGCCCAUAGAGAAGAAACUGCCAGGUAAGGCAAGAAUCAGUGUUGAUUUCAAGCAUGAUCAAAUCCCGGCUUAAUAAGCGAAGAUAUGCUUGAGUUCUGUGCACCAACAUACAACUCAUUCAGGUGACUAGGGAAGCCCAGGAAUCCAGAGUUAACUGUAACUUCCCAUUACAUGCGAACCAGGGUUAAUGGCUUCUAUACAAGCCAGCUAUGGCUUAAGUUACCAUAUUUUUCGCCCUAUAGGACACACUUUUCCCCCUCCAAAAAUGAAGGGGAAAUGUGUGUGCGUCCUAUGGGACGAAUGCAGGCUUUCUGCACACAGACCCCUCUCCCUCUCCAGGCUUCAGGAAGCUAUCCGCAAGCCUUGGGAGCCCGCGGGAGUUUCCGCCGGGCUCCCACGGCUUGCGGAGAGCUGCCUGCAUCCCAAAGCCUGGGGUGCGCUGAGCAGUCGCGCCCGGGCUUCGGGUAGCUCUGCGCAAGCUGUGGGAGGGCUCCCACGGCUUGCGGAGAGCACCCUGUUCUGGGGGCUGGGGAAGCCCUGCGCCUGGGGGGGAAAUAAUUUUUUUUAUUUCCCCUCCAAAAAACUAGGUGCGCCCUAUGGGGCAAAAAAUACGGUAGCUUAAGAAUCCAAGCUUCUUUGAAAGUCAUAAACCAUAGGUCCCAUUUGGCAUGUAAUGGGUAAUUUACAGUUAACUGUGGCUCCCUGACUUGUUUUUCAGCUUCCACAAAACGACUGUAUGCUGGUGCACAGAAUUUAGGUAUAUCAUUAUUAUUUAUUAAAUUUAUAUCAUGGCAUAUUAAGCCAGGAUUUCAUCAUUUGACAUAGCCUGUUGUUUCUGCAUGUCAGAAUUAUUUUGUUUUUCUUGGCUACCUCAUAUUUAAGUGUUUUUACUUAAGUGGGUUAAGUUCUUCAAGGGUACAUAAAGCGCUAUCCAACAAAGUUAGUUGGAUUACAGCAAGGAUUUUUGUUGAUUUAACAGAACUUCUCCCUGUGCAUCCCCAUCACCCUUCCCAAAUCUGCUCCAGAAGAUUGAGGGGAAACCCAGAACAGAUUUAAGAGAUGCUCAGGGACAGGACCUGACCUGUAAGUUCUAUUGUGCAGCCAAAAGUCCUUGCGUUAACAGAACUGUUUCACUGGAUACCACCCAGUUUUCCUUCUAUUGUAAAAACGCAUUGAGAAACUAGCCUCAUUCUGCCUUUUUGAAGGCAGCAGAAUCAUCCUCAGCCUGCACACUGAUGUAAGAAGCAUCUUUAAAAGAGUAUUCCUUUGAAGCAGAAGAAGAGAAAUUAGGCUAUUGUAAAAUUUUUACAGAGUACCCUAAUUAGGACUCCCCCCCACCCCGUUAGGUUGGAUGACUGCUUAAUACAUUCAAAACUUCAGUCUAGUUGUUCAAGUAUGUAUUUUGAUUAAAUGGGGAAUCCUCUUAAAGCAGCAUCUGCUUAACGGGGAGUAUUUGUGGGAAAGCUAAAUAGAUUAGGAAUAUAUGCAAGAUUAUCUUUUGUGUAAGAUAAUCAGCAACAUUAGAGGGUGGUAAUUCCUGUCGUUAUUAGAAUACAACAUUCAGAUUCAAGAUUAAUUUCUGCACCUAGAGGGUGCUGCCUUCUUAAGAACAUACAGGGCCAUCAUUUUCUUGCCUUAUGCCGGCUGUCUGGUGAUCUUGUUUGGAGGCAUUAGGAGCAAGUAUCCCAUGUCUGCGGUCCUUUAGCUUAUAUAAAACUUAAGGCUGCAAUUCUAUACUCACUUAAAUAUGAUUGAACUUUAAUUGGACUUGCUUCUGAGAGACACGUAUAGAACUGCAGCGUAAAGUAUUUAUACUUUUGGGUCUGCAAGCUUUUGUAUGCUUACCUGGGCUUUACUUAUGAGUAAACAUGACAAAUAAUACCAAUUUAUAUGCUAGCUUAUUGUUAAAGCAGUAAAAUAAGUUUGAAAGGAAAAUUGCAUAUUUCAAUUCCAUGUCCUGUUUUCCCUUAAAAAGCCCAGUUCUCUGCCCCGCUUCAAAAUUUUACACCUUUAGUACUUACUUGAUGAAACAACAUAGAGUAGUCUCUGCUGACUUAAUUGUUACAUUGGAGAAAAGCAUUUAAGCAGCAGCUUACAGAAUUACAUACAGGUCCCAAGUAAAAUAAAUGCCAGUGUAACAAAGUGGAAGUAUUUUUCUGGUGGACAGGGACACACAAAGCCAAGACCCAUUUCCAUUCUUGUGUAAUAUCCCAAGAUAGAUUCAAAAGUCAGGUCAGUUUUGCCUAUCUUGUGGAAGAAGAAAUAGCAUAUAUUCCAUGGAUACAAAUCCCAUCAUUCUCCAUGGGAAUUUCUCAGUGGGGUAGCAGGAAUACAGUUUAACACACUUGUAUGACCCAUGUGAUCAAAUAGUCAAUGAAUUUGAACACUGUAUUUUGAAAAGUAUUUAUUCUAAAAUAAAAAUCACAUUUAUCACAAGUUGCAUAAAAUAUACAGCUUUUCCAAAAAGUUAAUAGAAAAAUAUUUUUCUAAGUACAUUUUGUGACAAUAGAGUAACUCACUAUUGCUGUGCCUUCAGAUAAAGCUUUAAAUGAAAGGGGAAGGGGAUUACCCACAAUAGCUAAUAUCUUGCAUUGCUCAAAUUUAGAAGAUAGUUUUAAAAAACUAACUUACUCCUUCAAGUCUCAUUACAAAAAUACACCUCCAUGUUCAUAUGUAUUGGUUUGUAAUGCAAGCACAUAAAGCUAGUGGUAAACUAGAACUAAUCAAUAUACACGAUUUUGGACCUUGUCAUAAGUUCCUAAAAUGACAAUCAUUUUUUGCAGAGGGAAGAGCUUCAGUCAAAGUACAAAAGAGCAAAUGCCAUAAACUAAGUCCUGAAGGUCACUUAGGUCAGUCAGUGUGUUGUAUACAUAAACUAUAGAAACUCCAAUUUGGUUUAUAGUUUUUAUAUUAUUACCUUUAUGUCAAACUGAGGUGCUGCUGCUAAUUGCUUCAAGAGAGCAACUUCAGGAAAUCUACUUAAAUGCAUUAAAAGGUAAUUAUUUGAAGUUGAUCAAUUUUCUUUUCCCUAUACAGAGUCUAUGACUAUCCAGAAGGUUAAAGGAUUGCUGUAUCGGCUACUUAAAAUCCCAGGUUCAGAACUGAAGCUAUCCUACGAAAGUUCUAAAGUAAGCUCAUGUUCAUACAAUACAGAAUACAAUUUGUCACACUGCUACUGUCAACACUGCACUCUAACACUAUUGAAUUAUUUGAUUCCUGUAAAGGACAGUAACCAUAACCAUAAUUUUAGACCUUGUUCGGCUUUCUUUUGAGAGGUAGCAGCUGCUUGAUCUCACAUCUUUUGCCUUUUUAAAAAAGUUAUGCAAGAUUAAAAUAGACUAAUAUCUGGAUCUUUUCUUAUCCUAGAUGAAAGGCAAGGAAUUUGAACUAGACAAUGACCUAAAGCCAUUGCAGUUUUACUCUAUUGAAAAUGAAGACUCCAUACUAGUCCGAUGGUAA